UAAUAUUAUAAAUUAUUACGAAUUUACGAAGCCGGGUUUGAAUUUCAAAUUUCAAAUUGAUUUUACAUUUUUACAGUACAUCGUCCCGUACUACUCCUAUUGUUGUGUCGGGCAGUGGCAUUUCUAGUAAUGAUUUUAAAUUUUACAAUAAUUGUGUUUUGUUAAUUAAUCCGCGUCCAGGGCCUAUAGUGACCUAAUGCUAAACGAUACUUAUUAAUAAAUAAACUAAGUAUGCAGUACACCAAUAACAUCAUUAAUGUUAUGAAUUUAUGCCGACCGGAACGGGUUUCCGAAUAAAAAUCGAAUUAAACCAACUUCGUCGCGUAUUAUAAUUUUGUGAUGAUGACACCAUUACCAGUCCCGUGACAUUCAUAAUGUCAAACAGUAAUAAUGCAUCGCCCAGCCGUAUUCCAAAGCCGAAUUGGUUGCGGCACUCGAAUAGAACACCAAAGAUCCAAAGACAUCAAAGUCUACAAACUUUAAAUACAUAUGAAAAAGAUGAUGAUUGUGCAUCAGAAAAAAGUUUUGGCAGUACAACCAGCAGUCAAUGUGAUAAUGGUCAUUCUAUGUUUGCUCUUAAUGGCACCACAUAUUCCAGUCGUAAAAAGGCUUAUUUACACUAUUGCCCCUCAAAUAUUGGCAGUGAAGAGUAUCUUACUCCUACACAAAGAUCUAGUCGAACUAUCAGAAAUCUUAGAAGAUUGCUAAAUGAUGCUCACAGUGAACUAAAUGAUAAAGAUACAGAAAUUGAUCAGCUUAAAAGAGAAAAUAUUGAACUUAAAGUAAAGUGUGGAUAUGAAGCUGCUAAUAAUUCAAUCGCAGAAGGUGAUGAAGAUGAGGAAACUGCUAGGUUCAUACCCAGCAAAGAACAAACCCCUGAACCUGAUUCGACCAAACUUUCAAGAAGUUUUUUAAAUCCAUCACCAUCACCAGCAGAUUCAGGGCAUGGUGAUGAAUAUGAUGAAGCUAAGAAAUUACGCCAAGCUUAUGAUGAGUUACGCGAGAAACAUAAUGAUAAGAUUGAAGAAUUAUUAAAAAGCUUAGGAGAACUUAAUGAAAAAUAUUACGGAUUAAAACCAUUACUUGAUGAAGCAAACAUCAGAAUUAAAGAACUUGAAAGGGAAAAUGAUUUCCUUAAAUGGUCUAAAACUGUACAAGAUAAUACUAUAACUACUACUGAUUCAGCUUCUAUUAACCACAUAAAGAAGAAUUUUUGUGAUGCUCUUACUCAGACUCAAUCAAUAUUACAAUUAGAUAAGAGGACUGAAACUGAUCAAACGCACCACAAUUUCUAUGAUGCUAUUACAGUAAAUUCUCAAAGCUCAUUACAGAAAUCCGAUUCAGACAAAAAUCAUGUUAUCUCAACACAAACUCAACAAAUUGUAUGUCUAGAAAAGGAUACUGAGACUGAUAACCAGGAACUUGAAGAUGAUGUAGAUGAGUUGAGCAAUAUUAAAUUGCAAUUAAAAAAGACCAAAGGACGUAGCCAAAGUGUUGGUGGCACUUUAUUAUCCGGACCUGAGGCCAUUGCCCUUUGGAUGAUCGGCACGAAAAAGGCAAUGUAUGAAACUAUUCUCCAACAACAAUUGGAACAACAACGUCAGCGUCCACUACAUGAUGCUGAAAUGACACUACAAUUCUUAAAAUCAGCAUUUUACUAUUAUCUUACCGAUCCCUCUAAUACCACUGGACAUUUAAACGCAAUAUUAAGCAUACUUCAGUAUUCAGAUGCUGAAAAAAAAAUUAUCGAGAGAAAUCAAGCAUGGAAAUAACAUUAUUUAAAAACAUAUUUUCAUCAUUUAUA